AUGGACCCAACGCUUGGUACUAUCGUCACUGUACCGCAAGGGCGCGGCGUUGUCAGAUUCGUCGGUCCAACAUCCUUUCAAAUCGGCAAAUGGGUUGGCGUCGAGCUCGAUGAGCCCAACGGCAAGAAUGACGGCUCAGUCCAAGGCGUCCAAUAUUUCACCUGCAAGCCAGGACACGGUGUAUUCCUGCGACAGAGUCAGAUCAAAGCAACACAUGGCUCUGAACUCGAUAUACCCCCACCGUCGCCAUCAAUACAAGGGCCACCGACGCCAAGAUUGGCGACAGCACCACGUCCUGGUCACAAAAGGACCGGGUCAGGCAUACUGCGGUCAAGUUCGAUACGAAGCCAGCCUUCGCGACAGGAUUCGCUGUCGAGCAGCAAUGUCUCGACGCGCUCUUCGAGUCCAGCCAAACCUUCUGCAAUCCAGACGUUGUCAUUAUCGGCUAGCCGAAGCUUGCGACAGCCUCCACCAGCGUCUCCGACGAAGAGGACGGCGAUGGGCCCGCCACCGACACCUCAGCUGCCGUCAGGACCGCGCAAGUCCCUACUCUUCCGCCAGGUCUCCGCAGAAACUCCUGCACCACCGACAAACAGGAGAGUAUCCAGCUCUUCUAUGCAAGCAGGUUUGGCUCAAUCCCAGAAACGGCCAUCAUCACCUCUGGCCCAGCCUCCCGAUGUCCCAUCCCCUCUAUCAAUAUCAGCCCAACUCUCCGAACCUUCAUCGGCCGCUCCUCAACCACCCACACAACCGUCGUCACCGGUCCAAAGGCCGCAAGAUGCGGAAGAGAUCCAGGAACUCCGCGCCAAAAUCCGCGUGCUAGAAGCUAGACGCGCUGAUGACGCCCGACACGUCCGCGAGCUAGAGACUAGACUAAGUGACGCUGAGUCCUUCGUCGCUCUCCGCCCUAAACUUCAAGCUAAACUCAAUUCUCAACAAACUGAGCUCAUCGCUACCAAACGGGAUCUCGCAGAUGCGAAGCAACUUGCUGAAUUGGCGGAGAACAGGAUAGCAGACGCUCACGAGCAGUUGGAAAUGGCUAUGUUGGAUAAGGAGGUCGCGGAGGAGAGGGCGGAGUUGGCAGAAGCCGAGCUGGAGGAGCUGAAGGAGAAAUUGGCCGUUUUGGAUGUCGAGAACAAGGUGCUUAAAGGGGAGGCUGAGGGCUCUGCGGAUACGCCUGCUCGAGAUUCGCUAGCUUUCAUGCAGCUAGAGAAGCAGAACGAGAGGUUGAAGGAGGCUUUGAUUCGGCUUCGAGACGUUUCUCAAGAAACCGAUCAGGAGCAACGACGAAGGAUCGCCGAGAUGGAGAAGGACGUCGCCACCCUAGACGAACUUCAAGGACAAUACGAGGAAACACUGAUCAAACUGUCCAACGCCGAAUCCGAAAUUGAGAGCUUGAAGCUUCAGAUCGAUGACGCCCUUGGUGCCGAAGAUCUUCUCGUACAGCUCACCGAGCGCAACCUUGAGCUGGGAGAGAAAAUCGAAGAAAUGCGGAUCACCAUAGAAGACCUCGAAGCUCUCAAGGAGCUUAAUGACGAGCUCGAGGAGAAUCAUAUUGAGACCGAGAAGCAACUUCAUGAGGACAUCGAGGCAAGGGACAUGCAGCUCCACGAGAGCGCACGCAAGAUCGCCGCCUUGGAAGAGUCCUGCCAAGACUAUGAAGCGACCAUCACCAAAUUCAGGGAACUGGUCCUUCAACUGCAGUCUGAACUCGAGCAGCUUCGCGCUCAAACACAGACCGCCCAAAGUGAAUCUGCUACGGCAGCCUCUCAAACCGCUGCGAUCAUGUCUCUCAAUCUCAAGCUCCAAUCCACUGCUUCCAAGAACCAAGCCAGGAAUGUCGAGUUCGAGAUCAAGAGCCAGGAGGCGAGAGAGGCUCGGGAAUUGCUGAACAUUGUUCAGCCCUACCUUCCUCAAAUCUACGUGGAGAGCGACAUGGAUGCUACGAACUGCUACCUCUUCUUCCAGCGUCUUGGUUGCAAAGCCGAUUUGAUCAAUAACAUCGUCGCUCAAGCGCAGAAUCUCCCCGAGGCUCUCAAUGGAUCGGUGACGGAAGCUCUCGUCGGCGUUUGCGAGAUGAGGAGUCGAAUCUCUGGCCUAUCGACACUAUGCAAACGCUUCGCUGCCAUCCUUCGCGGAAGCGAUGUUGAGACCUUCCUCAACAUUGGACGCAUCUAUCCUGAGAUCGCACCCCUGGAGAAGAGGAUCGAUAUGCAUAUCGACCUUCUUCGCCGUGACGAGUUUAGGGAUAUGGAAUGCGUCAGCGACGUCAUGAAGAUUCAAGCGCAGUUUGAUCACCUGGCGGAGACGUACUUCAGUGGCUUUGACCACGAUCUUGUGGAGAGGGAAUUGGGCUAUGUCCUUGCCCUUGAUCAUGACUUGGACAUGUGUGCGGCGUCCUUGAGCUUGACCAAGACGUCGAUUAGGACUAUCAUCCAGGACGAAGAUUCGGUUUUGGAUAUGGGUGGCUACGACAUUGAGGAAGCCCUGUUCGAGCACUUGCAAAAGUUGCUCGACCAGUUCAAGAGUGCCAAACAUAUGUCAAAGAAACUUAUCAAGCGCCUGGAGAGCCUGCAGCAUGAUUCGAUGGCCGUCAAGGCUCAUCUGCUUCCUCAGAUGAAGGGACUUACGGACCACGUUGCCGAGCUAGUCAACUUUGGUAUCUCACUCGCACAAUCAGUCAUGCCACACCUCGGCGACGUCCGCUCUGCCAAAGGACCCUUCCAGCUCAGCACUAUCCUCAACCUUGUCAAGCAGACUGCUACUUCCACAGUGGCCAAGGAUCUCAAGCCCGGUGCCUCGGUUUGGGAAGCUAUCUCUAGCAACAUUGGGCAGUUGAUGGAGGAGGGUAAUAAGCUCCUUCCUUUGAUUCUCGAGCAGGAGAACGUUCAGAAAGUCAUCAGGACGCCUCCCUGGAUCACUCGGGUCACCGAGAUCAAGAACGCUCUCGCCGUGAACGUCGAAGCCGAACGGAAGGUCGCGCAACUCAAUGAAGAGAUGCAAGGUCUCGCUCGUAGUAUCAAGACGAAGGACCAAGUGAUCCAAGAGUCUGCUGUCAAGAUCGAGCUCAUGGAACGCCGGAUGGAAGCUGCCAAGAAACAGGCGGAUGCCAUAACGGAUUUGGAAAACGAGUUAGCCAAGAUCAAGAAGCAGGAGCGCGCGUAUGAAGAGGCGAUUGAGCAGUUACAGUCGGAUUUGGAUGUUGCUGAGCAGGAGAAUGCAAAGUUGAAGACUGCGUUGGCUGGGCAGGAGAAGCAACCGAAUGGUCCUCAGCCCGCCGAUCAACAAGACGCUGUGGCCAUCGAGGGCAACUACGAAACCUCUUACUUGUUGGAACAGAUCGAGGCUCUUCGUGGAACCAUUCGUUAUCUCCGCAACGAGAACAACUUCCUCAAGGGACAAGACCUGCUCCGCGAAAUCGAAGCUCUCACUCCUAUCCCUGCACCUGCACCAAGGCCACCAACCCCUCCCCUAGUUCCUUCCGGAAACUCUGACACCGAAGAAUCCGAUCUCGAGGAACCACCGCGACCUCCCACCCUCAGGUCUCUUGCAACCGAAACCAAACUCCUGUACCGAGACGUCAUCAAGUUCUCUUCGUCUCCCCGCGUCGUCGACCUCUCUGAGCUCAAUGCGAAGAGGGCAGAAGCCAAGUCGACCAAAGUGUGGUUGCCGAGGAAGAAGAACCCCACGCAGCAAUUGUUGGAGAGGAAGAUGGAGGCGGAGAGGUUGAGCAGGCGGGUUCAUGGACUUGUGGAGCGUGCUAACUUAUUGGCUGCUAUUUAG